AUGGAAUCCUUCUGCAAGGAUGAGUCUACAGUAGGUAUUGAAAUGCAAAUUACAAAUGUCGAAGAGAGUAACAAUUUCACAGCUGGAAGAAGCAUCCAAGAGAAAAUUACUGGAGCUUUCCUUGUAGGAGGUUCUUCAUUUGAUGCAUGGCUUACUACAACCACAGCACAGAUGCUGAAUUAUCCAAAUGCCCUAGCAGUGCUCUCCCCAUCCAAGUUCAGAAAUGUAGCUAUCAUCCUUAUGCUUACCCAUCAGUUUAUUGAGUUUUCUGCAUUUGUGGUUCCAGUAUUUGCAAUGUGGGAGAAAUUACUAGGCAUCCACUGCUCCCAAAACUACACCUUAAAAUGUAUAGCUAGAAUGCCAAUUGUGUUGGGCAUUUGUUUUCUAGCUAUUAUGCUCCCAUUCUUUGGUUCCAUCAACUCAGUGGUGGGCGCUAUCAUCUCCAGCAUUGGUGUCUACAUUCUCCCCUGCCUUGCUUUCAUGGUCAUAAGGAGGCACAAAGAAUCAAGAGAGAAUGCCAUAGAGCAGCCACCCUUUUGGAUCAAGAGCUGGGUGGGUGUUUACUGCAUCAAUCUUGGAUUGGUUCUUUGGGUUGGAAUCAUAGGCGCAGGCUUCGGUUCCUGGGCAAGCAUGCACAAUAUAAUGCACAAAAUAGCACCGCCUCCUCUAGCUGGUUUGCGCGAUCAACCAUGCAGUGGUAGUGCUCAACCUAGAACUUACCGCUGCCAUUCCCUGGAAGAUCUCUCAGUCCAGCCCGGCCACAAGCUCGAGAUGGCGAGAGCUCCAGCGCCAGCUUACAUCUUCAAUACCCUACUAUGA